AUGGCUUCAUCAGCCCAACAGUACAUCCCCGAUUCCCUCGACACGUACCCCCAAGUGUGGCCGGACAGUGGUGGGCACCGACGCGCAACGCAAGAUCCCGCUCCGCCCCCUCUCAACGCCACGAAAGCCUCGUCGGAUUUUACAAGCGCGGCUUCAAUCUACAAAUCGCUGGCGAUCCGCGGGCGACAAGAUGCACUCGGAGGACUUCGUGCAGUUCAUGAGCUUCGCGGGAGUACUAUCGAGCACGCCCGUGACGACCACAUUGUCACAGAUCCGUUUGCAGAGCCACUCACUCGUCAGAUCGCCCCGCAGCUCGCCCUCGGAUGA